CGGAGUGAGAGUCACACAUAUUCAUGCAUACACACACAUUCACUCACGAAUGUAAGAUGAAAGGCACCGAGACAUAAACAAUGCCAGUUUAGGGACUCACAGGUUCCGAAGCCCGUUGGUUACAAUAGCGGGCAUAUCGGCAUUUUCACAAACCUGACUUUCAGAGGGCGUUUUUUUUUUUUUUUUUUUUUUUUUUGUAUUUUCAUGAUUUUUUUUUUUAAAGGGAUAAAGACGCGAAUCGCGAGUCAGCCGUUUUCGGGGUUGUGGUUUAAGCUUUGGUCAGCUAUCUUGCUAGCUGGCUAAAUUUAUAUUUAUUAAUCAUAACGCCAGGCGAGGAUUGCCACCAUUGCUGAACUGUCAUCAUCGACUUCGUGACUCUUAUUAUUAUUAAACAUAUUGCUAUUGUUAAAGCUCGAGAACCCUUAGCGUUCAGAUGGCUGAGAAAGGACGUUUCGUAAUGACAUAAAACAGAGGAAGGAAGGAUUUUAAAACCCGUGUUUUGUGUAACGCGCUGCUGUUUUUGUGAUGAUAGACUGACAGUAGGCUACUUUUUCAUUUGUUCAGGAACUGUGAACAUAUUGAACAUUCAAUAACGUUUGGCGGCUAGGACAUUUUUUUCGCUCGCUUAACAAAACGGAAGAGACAACCUUCUAUUUUUGUAUGCAGCCUGGUGUUAUUUGCAAAGUGAAACGGGGAUUAAAACAUUCCUGUUCUCUGUUGCCUCUAGUGUAGGCUACUACAGUUAGGGAACGGCGGUGGUAAGAAAGAUAUACUAUUUAUAGCACUUGCAAUUCUCGAAAACUAUCACAACUGGUGCAUAAGACUGUGGGCUCUGGCGGUUUCGAUUUUUUUUCCGUUUUUUUAUCUCUUGCUUUCGAGAUGAUAUAGGACUACGUCUUCAACGUUUUUACACAGCGUGGUCGAUUUAUUGUUGGAUAUAAUGACAGACAUUGUUUUGGCGAUGUGCUUUUUGUGUAUGAAGUUCUGAAAACCUCGGGACUGCACUUGAAUUGUUGAUCAGUUUCAUUUUCUUUUUUUCGGAAGGAAACACGAAAAGACAGCGUGUGGAUUACAGCUACUGUUAUUUAAUCAAUAAAAUAACAACACGAAGACUGCCAUGGAUAUACUGUGGUAUUUUCCCUACAUGGAUUAAAACAAUGAUAUGUUGAUGUGCAUGUGUUUGGCGAGUCUGACCGAACUGAUCAGGAUUCUGAGAUUUAAAAAAAUCUCCACACGCUCGGAUUUACAAAAUAAACUCAUUUGCUUCGGAGGCAAGAUCGGAAAAUGCUGAAGAUCGCUCUUAUUAGUUACCCUUAAAAAUACACUUGCAUCUCAUUUUGGAAACCGACACGAUCGGGGAAUCAUAAUUUAAUUGUCUGUCGAUUUUUAUUUUCGCCGUUGGUGUGGAGGAAUUUUAUUUCAGUUUUCAGUCCUGCUCUGGCUGUCAUUAUUUCGUGUUUUGGCGACAGAUACCGUGGCUGACGUGUGAACGAAGCAAUUCUCCACCGCGACUCGGUCUUGGUACCGACACAGGGAUUUCGACAUGACUAGUACCGACAACCCGGUCGGCGGACGAUUAUGACUACAGCAGCGAAUUGGGUGGCUAACGGGGCGAGUCUUGAAGACUGCCACUCCAACCUCUUCUCCCUGGCGGAGCUGACCGGCAUCAAAUGGCGGCGCUACGGGUUCCGCGGGGGGGGCGGGUGCGGCCCGGUCAUCUCGGCGCCGGCCCCGGAUGACCCCAUCCUGCGGAGCUUCACCCGCUGCGUGCGGGCCAACCUGCUGUGCGUGUGGCGCCGCGACGUACGCCCCCACGCCAAGGAGCUCUGGAUCUUCUGGUGGGGGGAGGAGCCUAACCUGGCCGACGUCAUCCACCGCGAGCUGGAGGUUGAGGAUGAAGGUCUGUGGGAGAACGGGCUGUCCUACGAAUGCCGGACCCUUCUGUUCAAAGCCAUCCACAACCUGCUGGAGAGGUGCCUGAUGGAGAAGGACUUUGUGCGGAUCGGCAGGUGGUUUGUCAAGCCGUACGAGGAGGAGGAGAAGCCGCUCAACGCCAGCGAGCACCUCUCCUGCGCGUUCACCUUCUUCCUGCACGGAGAGAGCAACGUGUGUGUGAGCGUGGAGAUCGCCCGGCACCAGCCAGUCUACCGUGUGAGGGAGGGGCACCUCCUGCACGCCCAGAUCUCCUCCAGCCCCCUGCAAGUGGUCCUCAGCCCAUACGGGCUCUGUGGCACGCUGACGGGACAGGCCUAUAAGAUGUGCGAGCCGGCGGUCCGGAGGCUGAUGGAGGAGUGGAGCCACUUCUACCCCGCGGUCCUCCGGCGGGGGGAGGGCGCGUGCGAAAACGCCGACCCCGCCUACGACCCCCACAGCCACGUGGCCGUCGAGGUCAUCGUAGGCGGCGUCCGGAUGGUUUACCCAGCAGCCUUUGUGCUCAUCGACCAGGGCGACCUGCCGGUGGAGCAGAUCUCGCCCACGCUGGGCACGCAGGGGCCAAUCAGGGACCCCUCCGGCUGCAACGUACCGCUAACUCCGCCUACCUCCCCGGAGCAGCCCUGCUCAGGUGACAGUGGCUUCCACACCUCAGUCUCCAGUGUCGUGGGACAGGACGGAGGCGGAGGCGCUGGCUCGGUUAGCCACAGCCCAAAGCAUUCUGGGAGGACGCUGACCAAUCAGGCAGUGCGUCAGGCAUGGAAGGAGUGCUAUCUGAACCAAUCGCAGCACAGGUGCAGUUUACCCAGCUCUAGGACACCUGGAGAUGAGAUGCCAAACGAGGCGCCGGUCUGGGACUUCAUCGACCCGGGCGAGAGGGCGGCCUGCCAGUGCUCCAGGUACAGGUCAAAGCAGCAGAAACAGAGGCAGGGGCACACAGCGACCUCCGACCCCGAGCCCGGUGCCAACCCCGCCCCCGCGGCCCCGUCCCUGCCCCCGCCCGCCCUCCCCAAGCACAAACCGGCCGAGAAGCCGGAGAAGCCCGACAAGCAGCCCAAGCGCGCCGCCCUGACGGCCUUCCACCACCGGCCCCCGCCGGACCAGCAGGACGCCUGCCUGGAACAGGACCCCGCCGUGGGCCUGCCGGUGCCCGAGCCCCCCCUGGAGCCCCUGCCCCCCCACAAGUACCCCAAGCCCAUCCCCGUCGGCGGGAAGCCCCCCGAGGCCUUGCUGCACUCCCCGGCGUCGCCCCUGCCCCCCACCCUCAGCCCCCAGCCGCGGCUGCAGGAGGCGGAGCCGCUGGAGCCCCCCGCCUGCCUGGCCCCCUGCUCCGCGGAGGCGCUGAUGGGCCACGCGGGGCACGAGCUCAGCGACACGGCGCUGUACGCCGCCCCCCUGGCGCAGGAGCCCCGCCGCCGCUGGUGGGCCGGCUACAGGGUGCCCCGCGCGGACGGGGCGGAGUUUCAGGCCCCCGAGCUGCCCGGGGAACGAGCGGAGAGCAAGAGUGAGACUGAGGGGCUGGCACUGAAGAGGCUCUUCGCUCAGACUCACAAGCGCUUCAAGGUUUCGGAGGAGAGGGUACGGGAGCACGUCCACGCCCUGGGCCUCCUGAGCCAGCCCGGCGUGGAGGGGCUGGAGGGGCUGGAGGGGCUGGGGGACCCCGGGGACGACCCCUACACCUUCAAGGACGAGGACGUGGAGUACAGCUUCCCCACCUCCAAACGCCUCAAGGGCCAGGAGAGGGACCUCGGCCGGAGGUCCAAGGGAGAAGACGUCACGGGCAACGGAGCAGUGCCUGAUGGGAAAGACGCCAUGUCCAUCUUCAGUUCGGCGCCCAAAUCUGACGAUUCGUCGCAGGACGACGCGGCGGCCAAAGCCAACCCGCCGCUCACCAGGGAGAAGGACCUGGUGGUGCUCAUCUCCGACCUGGAGAACAUCUUCGACAACUCUGAUGAGGACGAGCUGGGGGCCGCUUUCUCCAACCAGCAGUCAGCCAAGGCCCCAGCCACUGGAGCUGAAGAUCGCCCCCUAGCGAAGGAAGGGAGAGUUGCAGUGCCGUACCCUUCAACAGUUGCAGAUCUCCAGCGUAUGUUUCCCACACCUCCCUCCCUGGAGCAGCACCCCGCCUUCUCCCCCAUCACGACCUACCGGGACACCCCCAGCCAGGAGCCCCCGGCCCCCCCCUCUGGGUCGGACCACGCCCCGGCCCCCGCGUCCUCCGCCCAGCUCUCCGAGUUCCGGAUGGAGGUGGAGGAGUGUAUGGGCAGCCCGAAAGCAGAGGACAUCAGGGAUUUCUCCUUCGUGCACCGUGUCCCGUCGGUCCAGCCGCACGUGGGCUCCUCCGUGUUCGCCCCCCUCCGCACCCUCCCCAGCAGCUGCCUUCCGCCCCUCAAGAUUCCCGAACACUGCUACUACCGGCCGUCCUGGUCCCUGCCGCCCAAGAUGGAGCAUCUCGCCCUCCACCCGCAGGCCCCCUUUCUCCGGGACGGCAACGUCCCCAGCGUGAGCAGCCUGCUGGACCAGGACUACGCCCAGCCCAGCUCGGGCAUCGCCUCCGUGGGCAACGCGGGUGGGGUCCUCCCCUCGCCAGCCACGCCCCGCUUCUCCGUCCCCACCCCCCGGACCCCCCGGACCCCGCGCACCCCCAGGGGGGCGGGCGCCUCCAGCGGCCAGGGCUCGGUCAAGCAGCAGGAGGGGGCGGAGCUGAGCUCGCCCGCGUCCACGCCCUCCACCGGGCGGCCACUGAGCUCGGCGGAGGAGCCCCCGCCCGCCGCCGCCGCCGGCCCCGCCCUCCCGGAGUCUCACAGCCUCUACGCCACGCUCCUGCUGUCCGACUCGGUCCUGGACGUCUUCCGGGACCGCAACUUCGACAGCUGCUGCGUGUGCGCCUGCAACCUGAACGUGAAGGGCGCCGACGUGGGCCUGUACAUCCCGGACUCGUCCGGCGAGGACCAGUACCGCUGCACCUGCGGCUUCAGCGCCGUCGUCAACCGCCGGCUGGCCCACGGCGCCGGCCUCUUCCUGGAGGACGAGCUCGACAUCUUCGGGCGGGGCUCGGAGGUGGGCGGGGCCGCCGAGCGGCGGCUGGAGCUGUGCCGCAGGGCGGAGCCCUCCCCCGCCGCCGCCCCCUUCGCCGUCCUGGCGCUGCUGCGGGACCAGUGCUCCGUCCCGCUGGCCUCGCCCGCCUCGCUGCACCUGCACCCGGCCUGCGGGUCCGGCGACGGCCGCCGGGGGGCGCUGCUGCGCGGCUGGGCGGCCGACCAGCGCUGGGCCGACGGGAGCGACGCCUGCGCCGAGUGCUACAGCGCCCUGCUGCAGGGCCAGCAGUACGCCGACAACGCCGCCGCCGGCCCCGUGGACCGCGCCCUGGUGCGGAGCGGCGCGCUGCACGCCUGGCCGCACGCUAACGUGCUGGACAUCAGCAGGCUGUCCUCUCAGGACGUGGUGCGCAUGCUGCUCUCGCUGCAGCCCGUGCUGCAGGACGCCAUCCAGAAGAAGCGCACGGGCCGGACCUGGGAGAACAUCCAGCACGUGCAGGGCCCGCUCACCUGGCAGCAGUUCCACAAGAUGGCCGGCCGGGGCUCCUACGGUUCGGAGGAGUCUCCCGAGCCGCUGCCCUUGCCCAGCCUGUUGCUAGGCUACGACCGGGACUUCCUGGCGCUGUCGCCGCUGGCGCUGCCCUUCUGGGAGAAGCUGCUGCUGGAGCCGUACGGCGGGCAGCGGGACGUGGCCUUCCUGGUGCUGUGCCCCGAAAACGCCCCGCUCCUGUCCGGGGCCCGCGCCUUCUUUCGCGAGCUCAGCGCCGUCUAUGAGACCUGCCGGCUGGGGAAACACCGCCCCCUGGCCAAGGUGUCCCGGGACGGCAUUUUUCGGGUGGGCGGCGUGGAGCCGCAGGACCUGGUGGAGGACCUGGUGGACCAGUGGUUUACCGAACCGUGGGCCGGGAGCAACCAGGAGGACAAUCUGGCCAAACUGAAGCUCUACGCCCACACCUGCCAGCAGCUGCUGGCUCCUCAGCUGGCGUCUCUCACCCUGGACAGCAGCCUGCUCCUGCCCCCCAAACCCCAGCCGACACCGCCGCCCCCCGCGCCCACGGCCACGCCCGCUGCCCCUCCCCAGGGCGCGGCCCCCGCCACCGCCGCGGCCCCCGACGGAGCCACGCCCUCCGUCGGCUCGGUCAGCACGCCCACGCCCGGGGGGGCCACGCCGGGCGGGGCCGACGCGGCGCAGGGGGGCGCCGCCGAGCCCAAGGCCCCCGCUAACGCGACGCCGUCCCCUGCCCCGCCUGCAGAGGGCGCUGAGAGCUCAGCGGACCGGGAGCGCAUCGGGAUCCCCACGGUGGCGGAGUCGGCGGACAGCCACGCCCACCCCCCCGCCAUCGUGCUGUACGUGGUGGACCCCUUCCUGUGCGCCGGCGGCGACCAGGAGGACGAGGAGGCGGAGCCUGCCAGCGUCUGGCUCCUGGGUCUUCUUCGCUGUUUCACCGAGCUGCUCCGCGCCCUCCCCGAGAACCUCCAGCCGGCCCUCGCCCUCCAGGUGGUGCCCUGUCAGUACCUGCUGCAGCCCGCCGGCGGGGGGGGCCCGCUGUACCUGCAGCACCUGCGCUCGCUGGCUUUCUCCGCCUACUCCCACAGCCGCCGCCCCCUGCCCCUGCGCACGCACAUCAAGUCCCUGACCGGCUUCGGACCCGCCUCCUCCACCGAGUCACACUUCAGCAACCCGGAGCGAGCAGCCCCCCUGCCGCUCUACGCCCCGCCCUUCAUCCUGGGCCCCACGCGCAGCAAGCAGCUGGACGUGGGCGAGGCCUGCGGAGAGGGCGUGGCCCGCUACGGCGUGCUCUUCCUGGGGUACUGCCUGUCCCACGACCAGCGCUGGAUCCUGGUGUCCUGCACCGACCAGCAGGGGGAGCUGCUGGAGACCUGCAUCAUCAACGUGGACGUGCCCAACAGAGCUCGGAGGCCGAAGGUGUCUCCGCGGAAGAUGGGGCUGCAGAAGGUGUGGGAGUGGUGCGUCGGGAUCAUCCAGAUGACAUCGCUGCCUUGGAGGAUUGUGAUUGGCCGGCUGGGGCGCCUGGGACACGGGGAGCUGAAGGACUGGAGUGUUCUCCUGGGGGAGCACUCUCUGCAGUCCAUCAGCAGGCAGCUGCGGGAGGCGUGUCGGAUGUGUGGAAUCUCCGCCAGCGACUCGCCCUCCAUCCUCAGCGCCUGCCUGGUUGCCAUGGAGCCACAGGGCUCCUUCGUGGUUAUGCCAGACGCGGUGACCAUGGGCUCGGUGUUCGGCCGCAGCACGGCGUUAAACCUGCAGACGUCGCAGCUCAACACGCCGCAGGACGCCUCCUGCACCCACAUCCUGGUCUUCCCCAUCUCCGCCACCACCCAGGUGGCCCCCGGCACCUACCCCACGGAGGACAACCCGGACGACAUGUUCGACUUGCCCUUCCCGGACGAGCUGGAGAACGACAUCGGGCACGACAUGAUGCUGAUCACGAACCUGCACCCCUCCCCCAACACCUCCCCCGUCCCGUCCCCUGGGUCCCCCGGCGGCAUGGGCGGGACGUCCCACUUUCCCCACAACAGGGGUCAGGGGGAGAGGCUGCUCUCCAGGGAGGCGCCGGAGGAGCUGAAGCAGCAGCCCCUGGCUCUGGGGUACUACGUCUCCACCGCCCGGGCCGACGGCCUGCCCCACUGGUUCUGGGCCUCCUGCCCGCAGGCUCAGAACCAGUGCCCGCUCUUCCUCAAGGCCUCCCUGCAUCAUCACAUAUCCAUUGCCCAAUCAGACGAGCUCCUCUCCAGCAAGACCUCCCAGAGGAGUCCCCACCCCCUGGACUCCAAGACCACGUCCGACGUGCUCAGGUUUGUGCUGGAGCAGUACAACGCCCUCUCCUGGCUGACCUGCAGCCCUGCGUCUCACGACCGUCGCUCCUGCCUCCCGGUGCAUUUGGUCGUCCUCACGCAGAUGUACAACGCCAUCCUCAACAUGCUGUAGGCGGGGCGGGACCUGACUCCGCCCGUAGAGUUCUCUGUCAGGGGGCGGGGCAUCUGCACAGCAGGAGGGCGGGGCACGGGGGUGGGGUCCACGCCCCAACUCUUCACCUGUUGACCUCUCACGGUGCUCUGG